UGUAGGGACAGCGAUGCCCUCCGUCUGCUACAGAGAUCCAGGAAGGAGACGCCGGACGGACAGAGCUCUCUCAGGGGCGAUGCUGCCGAGCCCUGCCCCCGGCAGGAGGAAGUCUGUGGCGCCGGGGCCGCCCUCCCGGGCGAACGGAGGAAAAGCCCCCGGCACCGGAGAUGCGUGGCCCGGGAGAGCGUGAAGAGCUGCUCCGCCUGCAUUGUUAUUAAAGGGAAAAUCAUGCUAGAGCCGGCUGCUCCGACGGCCGGAGCGCAGCCCCUCUGAGGAGGAGGUGAGAUUAUCCCGUGCUGCCAUGGAGAGCUAUAACCUGGCAGAGAAGCACUAAAGCCACUCGUCCCUGCUGGAAGAGGAAGCACUCUUGGCACCACCGCCUUCGUGCAGAGGGGAGCUCACUCAGGUCCUUCCUCCUCCUCUCUCCCUUUUUUCACCCUUCAGAGAACGACAGAAGAAAGAAAGAAACAACUGCGACUUGGCUCUUGCUGGUGCUGGGAAUACUGUGCCUUUUGCCUGGGAUGAUUCCCUCUGAUGGGAUGUACAAAGCGCCACCGGGACCGAGCCAGCCAACAAAGUUUGCAAAGCAAUCUAUGGGGUCCAUGGGAUGGAGGUAGCUGGGCACACACUGAUGAGGUCUGUCACACACUGCCCACCAACGCUGCUCCACUGCUGGCUGCAGGACUAACUCCUGGGGACUAAACUUUUGCAGCUCAUCCUUUGCCGAUUGACACUUUCAGGGAACAACACAUGCCUGCACCUGAUACAAUGCUGGGUUUGUUUGUAAGAUUUGCUAUGCAAUUCCAAACCUAAAUGAGGAGAAGAGGCGGCCCUGCAUCCCAGAGCAAACAGAAACGAAGCUGAAAGGGAGAUUCAGAGUGGAUGAAGUCCAUCUGGGCUUGAGGGGACCGUAACCAAGAGCCUUUGGUCUGUUCGGACAUCUCGUGUCUGCUAUCUGUAAGGAAAGGAGCUGAUGUCGUCAUGAAAAUCAUGAUGUGAUUUUCCCUCAGGAGAAACUAUGACUUGGAACGACACCACUAUGGAUGGGGAAGGGUUGCUUGUGGAAAGGGACUCUUCCUUUCGGAUCCUCACGGGCUGCUUCCUCUCGUUGCUGAUCCUCUCCACGCUGCUGGGAAACACGCUGGUCUGCGCAGCUGUCAUUAGGUUUCGCCACCUCAGGUCCAAAGUGACCAACUUCUUUGUCAUCUCCUUGGCCGUGUCAGACCUCUUGGUGGCGGUUUUGGUCAUGCCUUGGAAAGCUGUGUCAGAGAUCGCUGGUUUCUGGCCUUUUGGUUCAUUUUGCAACAUCUGGGUGGCCUUUGAUAUUAUGUGCUCAACAGCCUCCAUCUUAAACCUCUGUGUCAUUAGUGUGGACAGAUACUGGGCCAUCUCCAGCCCAUUCAGGUACGAGAGGAAAAUGACCCCCAAGGCAGCCUUCAUCAUGAUCAGUGUGGCGUGGACUUUGUCUGUGUUGAUUUCCUUCAUCCCUGUGCAGCUCAACUGGCACAAGGCUACAACCACGAGCUUUUUGGACCUGAAUGCCAGUUUAGAAGGUAUAAGCACGGACAACUGUGAUUCUAGCCUAAACAGGAUGUAUGCCAUCUCCUCUUCUCUAAUUAGCUUCUAUAUACCUGUGGCCAUCAUGAUAGUAACCUACACAAGGAUAUACCGGAUUGCUCAGAAGCAAAUACGACGAAUUUCAGCUUUGGAGAGAGCAGCAGUGCAUGCCAAGAACUGCCAGAACACAAGUGGCAACAGAAGCAGCAUGGACUGUCAGCAACCUGAGAGCAACUUCAAAAUGUCCUUCAAGAGGGAAACAAAGGUUCUAAAGACUUUGUCGGUGAUCAUGGGGGUGUUUGUGUGCUGCUGGUUGCCAUUUUUCGUGUUGAACUGCAUGAUUCCCUUCUGCGAGCCCACCCAACCGUCCAAGGGAGCAGAAGCUUUCUGCAUUAACUCCACCACCUUUGAUGUUUUUAUUUGGUUUGGAUGGGCUAAUUCUUCCCUAAACCCCAUCAUUUAUGCCUUCAAUGCUGAUUUCCGCAAGGCAUUUUCCACCCUGCUAGGAUGCUACAGGCUCUGCCCCACGUCCGGCAAUGCUAUAGAGACUGUUAGCAUUAACAACAACGGAGCAGUUGUUUUUUCAAGCCAACAUGAGCCCAAAGGCUCCAGCCCCAAAGAGUCGAAUCUGGUUUAUCUGAUCCCACAUGCAAUCAUCUGUCCGGAAGAAGAACCUCUAAAAAAGGAAGAAGAAGGUGAACUAUCUAAGACCUUGGACAAAAUGUCUCCAGCACUGUCGGGUAUUUUGGAUUAUGAAGCUGACGUUUCUUUGGAAAAGAUCAAUCCCAUUACACAAAAUGGGCAGCAUAAAACCUGAACAGGAAGGUGUACCCAGCAAAACAUAAUAGUGUACAAUGUGAUAAUCUUUAACAACAAAAAAAAAGAUACGGUUUUUUGUAUGAAACUAAGCUCUAGGGAGAAGUACACGUCUACAUAAAGCCCUGAAUGGAUUUUCCUGGCAUUAAAUUUAAUAUUUAAAACACUAAACAGCAACAAAGUACUGAAAAUUGGUUAGAAAGAUGAAUGUUAAACCGUGCUAUUCAUACUGAGGAAUAUACACAGGUUUGGAUACAGUGCAGUGAUAAAACAAUACUGCUUCUCCUCUGCACCCAGAGAGGCCAAUUUCUUGCUUGAAGUGAGGCAGAAGAUAAAUGUUAAGUAUUUAAAGAUUCAUGUUUACUAGAAUAUAAAGGAUUGCUGUGUCUUGUGAUAGUGGGUGUUAACAGGUCCUAAUUAAAGGCUGAGGGAUUGUAAAGGGAGGUAGAGGCCUUCUUAAAAUUAUUUCUGAAAAAAUAAUUGAGCCUUAUAGUGAGAAUGGUUAUUUUUAAAGCUUUGGGAGUUGACACGUUGGUACUGGUUUUAUUUAUUUAUUGUUUUAAAUUGAUAUUUUUCAUAUGUUAUUACAGAUCUAGCUUUAUUUAUGUUAUUUAAGAUGUCUAAAUGAUGGGAUAUUUUUGGAGUGUCAUUACUGCAUUGUGGCCAGACAACCAGUCAGCACUUUGUGAAAGCCCCGAUGAGCUGUGAGGGAUGGAAGAAGGCUGAGAAGCUUAGCGAGAGACCAAGGAAUCAACAGAACUGAUGUAAGGAAACGAGCUCCAUUCCACAGGCUUUGGUUUUCAAGUGGGAUUUCUUUCAAAAGAUAGGAUCAGCGUUGACUGAGUUGUGAAUUCUCUUCCCUUUUACAAAUAACAAGAAAUUGCUGCUAUUUAUUUUUAAAAAAGUUUCAUGUUACAGAGACUUUGCUAGAAUGUCAAGUUUGUGGAUCUGUACAGACCUUAAGUACGGCUACAACCUUAAGGAGAAUCCAAUUUGAGAAGAAAAGCUACUUAGGUAACAAUUCAUAGUACAUAACGUUUCGUAUUAAUGUAAGAUAAACAGCUUUCUCAGACUUUUCUUAUUCCAAGUCUUGGAUAUCUUUUCCAAACAAACACAAUUGGUUUCAUGGUAGUAAACAUGCCAAACCUUGUUGUCAUCUGUAUUAUUUCUGGCAGCACCACUGGGAUCAUGCUGUCUGUCUGCUCUCAGUCUGAGUUCAAGAGGGUAUGCAGUGCUUUACUUUGGAGGCCAGGAGGAUGUUGCCUUUUAGUAAUUCCCACAUCAGUAGUCCCUUCAAAUAAGGAAUAGUGCCUCAUUACUGAUUUGAAUUAAGACUUUUCUAACUAUGGAUGGAACUGCAGCCCUCACCUCAAAAAUGCCCCGUGAGCUCAAAAACGAAGAUGCCUGUGUUUAAUUCAAAAACUGCCGUGGCCCUUCCCUGCUGCUUUCCCUCUGUAAUGCCCCAAGUGAGCAGUGAACAUUAGCAACAGGAACACUGGGAGUCAACAUUCAGCAGCACUCCAGGACAGAGCUCUGCUUUCUGAAUGGCACAGAUACCCUUUGGAGAAACUUUUCAUAAUAUAUAUAUAUAAAAAAAAAACAAAACA